GGAUGUUGUGGGGAUCCGCGGCCACCUGGCCCAAUUUCCUGCAGCCUCCCCGCCGCGGACCGCGCUCCUCUUCGGGAGUCGUAGUUCUUCCCUCCGCCGCGGCGCGGCGUGAGGCGCGGGCGGGACUACGAGUCCCGGCAUGCGGUGCGGCACCCCGCCGGCUGCCGCUUCUCGGCUGCGGACGCCUGCGAGCAGGUUGUUGUUUUUAUGAAAGCGUCACUGACGCCCGGGCUGCGACCGCCGCCACCGUGACAGCCGGCGCAGUCGGGCAAGGUGGCGCUGCCCCCUCAGACCUGAAAAAUGUCCGAAAAUUCCAGUGACAGUGAUUCAUCUUGUGGUUGGACUGUCAUCAAUCAUGAGGGAUCUGAUGUAGAGAUGGUGAAUUCUGUUACAGCCAGUGACAGCUGUGCACUCACACAAGAAUGUUCAUCUUCAGAGCAAGAGGAGCUACAAGUAUUGCAGGUAGAGGUGGGAGAAAGUGGACAAAAUGGCACAGUGUUAGUGGGAGAAACUGCUUAUCCAUCUUUGGAAGAAACCAAGUCAACAGUUGAGGCAGAGGAAGAAAAGUCACCUGAAGACAAUGUCUGUUUUGGAACUGCCAGUGAUGAUUCUGAUAUUGUUACCCUUGAGCCACCUAAGUUAGAAGAAAUUGGAAAUCAAGAAGUUCUCAUUGUUAAAGAAGCACAGAGUUCAGAAGACUUUAACAUGGGCUCUUCCUCUAGCAGCCAGUAUGCAUUCUGUCAGCCAGAAACUGUAUUUUCAUGUCAGCCUAGUGACGAUGAAUCAAGUAGUGAUGAAACCAGUAAUCAGCCCAGUCCUGCCUUUAGACGACGCCGUGCUAGGAAGAAGACUGUUUCUACUUCAGAAUGUGAAGAACGGCUACUUGCUGAACAAGAAACUGAACCUUCUAAGGAGUUGAGUAAACGCCAAUUCAGUAGUGGUCUCAAUAAGUGUAUAAUACUUGCUUUGGUGAUUGCAAUCAGCAUGGGAUUUGGACAUUUCUAUGGUACAAUUCAGAUUCAGAAGCGUCAACAGUUAGUCAGAAAGAUACAUGAAGAUGAAUUGAAUGAUAUGAAGGAUUAUCUUUCCCAAUGUCAGCAAGAACAAGAGUCUUUCGUGGAUUAUAAGUCGUUGAAAGAAAACCUUGCAAGAUGUUGGACCCUUACUCAAGCAGAGAAGAUGUCCUUUGAAACUCAGAAAACAAACCUUGCUACAGAAAAUCAGUAUCUAAGAAUAUCUCUAGAGAAGGAAGAAAAAGCCUUAUCUUUACUACAGGAAGAGUUAAGGAAACUGAGAGAACAGAUUAGAAUAUUGGAAGACAAAGGGACCAAUACUGAAUUAGUUAUAGAAAACCAGAACCUUAAGCAGCAUUUGGAAGAAGAAAAGCAGAAAACGCACAGCUUUCUGAGUCAGAGGGAGACUCUACUGGCAGAAGCAAAGAUGCUAAAGAGGGGAGCAGAGAGAGAGCGACUAGUAACCAUGGCGUUGAGGGAAGAGCUCCGCAAGGUAAGCGCUGCUCAGUCACAUGGCAACUCAGAUUCUCCCAACGUACUGACUGAAAAAAAAGAAAUAGCAGUCUUACAGGACAGACUCACUGAACUGGAGCGGAAGCUCAACUUUGAACAGCAGCGUUCUGAUUUGUGGGAAAGACUGUAUGUUGAAGCAAAAGAUCAAAAUGGAAAACAAGAAACUGAUGGAAAAAAGAAAGGGGGCAGAGGAAACCACCGGACUAAAAAUAAGCCAAAGGAAACAUUUUUGGGUUCAGUUAAGGAAACAUUUGAUGCCAUGAAGAAUUCUACCAAGGAGUUUGUGAGGCAUCAUAAAGAAAAAAUUAAGCAGGCUAAAGAAGCUGUGAAGGAAAAUCUGAAAAAAUUCUCAGAUUCAGUUAAAUCCACUUUCAGACAUUUUAAAGAUACCACCAAGAAUAUCUUUGAUGAAAAGGGUAAUAAAAGAUUUGGUGCUACAAAAGAAGAAGCAGCUGAAAAACCAAGAACAGUUUUUAGCGACUAUUUACAUCCACAGUAUAAGGCACCUACACAAUACCAGAAUAGUAGAGGCCCUACUGUCCGAAGAGAGGGAAGGAAAGAAAAACUAAUUCGCUUUGAAGAGUUUAGAAAAGAUAGAAAUCCACAAAAAUGCAGUGCUGAGCAUGACUGUAGGGAAAAUUAUUCUUAUAGAAAGGCUUGUUCUGGUGUAUUUGAAUGUGCUCGACAAGAAUCCAUGAGCCUUUUUAAUAUAGUGGUGGAUCCUGUAAAGAUAGACGAAUUUAGACAGUUAAUUGAGAGGUACAUAUUAAAGGAACUGGAUGCUUUUCGUCAUUGGAAAGAACUUGAUCAGUUCAUCAAUAAGUUUUUCCUAAAUGGUGUCUUUAUACAUGAUCAGAAGCUCUUCACUGACUUUGUUAAUGAUGUUAAAGAUUAUCUUAAAGACAUGAAGGAAUAUCAAGUAGAUAAUGAUGGAGUGUUUGAGAAGUUGGAUGGAUAUAUAUAUGGACACUUCUUUGGUCACACUUUUUCCCCUCCAUAUGGACCCAGUCGACCUGAUAAAAAGCAACGUAUGGUAAAUAUUGAAAACUCCAGGCAUCGAAAACAAGAGCAGAAGCACCUUCAGCCACAUAAAAGGGAAGGUAAAUGGCAUAAAUAUGGUCGCACUAAUGGAAGACACAUGGCAAAUCUUGAAAUAGAAUUGGGGCAGUUACCUUUUGAUCCUAAAUACUGACUCAUGAUUAAAUUAAAUUAGAAAACUGUAAGAGAAAUAUGGAUGCUUUCUACAAUGUUUGGUGUUGAAACUAAGAUGAAACUAUCAAGAUGACAGUGUCUUUUUUUCCCCAUUUCUAAGUAUCAGUUUGAUGACUUUAUACUGUUACUCAAAAGCAUCAGUCAGAAGCUUACUAACGUGCAUUUUCCUGUAGUUUGGCUUUGUUGAAUUUUUUGCACUGGAAAUGUUCAACUGUAGUUUUAUUAAGGAAGCCGGGCAUGCAAUAGAUUGUGUGCAUGAAACGAGACUUCCUUUCAGUGUGUGAGCUUAAAGCAAGCUCAAAUCAUACAUGACAAAGUGUAAUUAACACUGAUUUUGUUAAAUUUGCAGUAGUACAGCUUGAAAAAAGUACAUUGUAAUGGAUUUCAUCUUUAACCUUUUAUAAUCUUAUAUUUCUUGUCUUUUUGUGGGUUCAAGAGCCUGUUGACUUGUGAAGAAUUUGCUGCCUUUUUAUGAGCUUGCUGACUUGUUCUCUUGUGAAAUUUCUUGCUCAUCUGAAUAUUGUGGAAGAAACAAUAAAAGUACACCAUAAGGAAAA